AUGUCGAGCACCAUCAUCAAGACGCUCUCGGUGAUGCGCAUGGCGGCGGGGCUGUCAACGCUCAUCGUUCCGCGACAGGUCGGUCCACUAUUCGGACUGGCGAUGAGUCCAGAAUCGAGCCUGCUAGCCCGUCUGUUUGGAUCAAGAGACUUUGUUGUCGGGGCGUACCUCUGGAAGACGGCUCGAGAGUGGGACACCAGUCAGGUCCAGCAGCUCCAAGGAGAAGAGGGAGUGAGAGAGGGGCUACUCUCGAGAACUGAUUCUUCCAGCCACGGCAGUGGUACAGCCGCGAAGAGUGAUGGGGUUCCUGGGUUCGCACAGGAUCAGGGGAAUUAUAUUUCCACAGCCACCGUUCGACACAACAACGUUACGACAGCGCUCUGGCUCGGUGUAGCGUGUGACGCUGUCGACAUCCUUAGCGCUACUGUCUGCUUGAUUGAGCGUAAUAUCUCGGACCUGGCCUUCCUGGAACUUGGUAGCGCAGCUCUUGUAUUGACGGCGGCCGGCUUGUGGCAGUUGAAGGUGAUGCAAAACAAGAAAACACAAGGGGAGCUAUGA